AUGGGAAUAACAGCAUGUUGCUGCUGCAGCAGCAAAGAUGCUGCAAUUACCAUUGGCAUAUGGUCACUUGUGUCCUCGAUAGGCCAAUUAGGGAUAAUGGGGUGGCAAAUGGCGGCGAUCAAAUACGAGAGAGAUCGAGCGGCAAACACUUUGUUACCAAAUUAUAAUACUUAUGGAAGAUUUGAUGUUCCUUCGUAUUUUGAAAGUUAUUGGCAGACUCCUGAAGAGAGAUAUUAUACAGGACUAUUCGUUAUCCAAGUCCUCUGUCUCAUCGCUGCAUUCUUCCUCGUUUUUGCCGCUGCCGCAAUGAUAUACGGUAUUCACACCUGGUCCAAAUACCUCAUAUGGCCAUGGUUCCCAACGAUGAUCUCCUCGAUUCUAGCCACGUUGGCAUACUGUAUAAUGUGGUGGUGUGGAGAUGUUAGAGACUAUUGGUUGGCUAUCACUAUCAUCGAAAUUAUCGUAGUCUUUAUUAAUAUUUAUUGUGUGGUAGUUGUGAUGGUUUACUAUAGAAGAAUCAAUGCAACCACCGAUGAAUAUGAAGGAAAAGAUCGAAGAGGAGUACGGUAUAAUAUCAAUCGGAAUGGAAAUAGUAGAAGAGAUCUUCUUCAAUCCUAUGAUGAUGGUGUCCAUCGGAGCCCUCCAAUGAAGUACAAACCAAUCGUACCUCAACCGUAUCCGGUUUAUCCAAGUUAUUCUCGAGCCGGAGUCCCCCAAACCCCGAUUCCUCUUCCACCGACACAAAUCAACACUCCAUAUCCAAUAGAUCCACAAGAAAUUCAAUUCCAAUUAGAGCCAAAAGUCAAGAACAUUCGAGUAAUCGACGACGAUCCAGUUGGAUCCUGGGUUCGAGAUCAGCAGUCGAUAGAACGGGGACAUGAGGCGAGAAGCGAGCCGAUUACUGUGAGCAAACAGGUUCAACCAACUACUCUUCAGCAUUCACGAUCAGUACCAUCGCUGCACGGAGGAACUCUUGUUUCCCACAGGGAUUGUGAUCAUCGGGAUGAUAAGCACAGAUCCUCCUCUCGCGACGAAAAUCCAGAAGUCGUCAUGAGUACGAUGACUAUUCUUCUGAAUCCGAUCCAUCUGAUUUCACACGCCAACAUCGUCAUCGAUCGAGUAGUAAACGAAGACACAGAAGUCGUUCUCGAUUCGAUGAAUCUGUUACCAACUAUGAUUCUGAAUUGGAUAGAGACCGAGAGAGACGACGGUCAAAGAGACACAGACACGGUGGAAAACGAACGAAGAAGGAGAGAUAGAGAAGAUAGAGAAAGUGAAGUGCCACGUAGGAGAGAAGGAGAUCGAAGAAGUCGUCAUCAGGAUUCACAGGAGAAUUCUGGAGGAUCUCAAGAAAUGUCAUUUCCAUUAUCGGGAGGGAUUACGAUACCUCAACAUAUAGUGAUUCCACCGUCAUCCGGAGAAAGAGGUCCAGAUGGAAAUCCAGUUCCACAAAAAUAUCAAAUAAAUUCGGAAAUUACAAUCAAUUAUGAUCAUAAUGGACGGCCGGUCGUGGGUCCGAGAGAGCCACAGCCAACUAUUGAGGAGCCGUAUAGGAGGCGUCAAGUUCUACCAAUCCAAUCAACGUUCUAA